GUGGUAGCGGCGGGCCAUGCAGGACGCGGAGAACGUGGCCGCGACCGAGGCGGGCGAGCAGCGGGCCGAGCCCGGGCAGCAGCAGCAGCAGCAGCAGCAGCAGCAGCAGCAGCAGCAGCCGGCCUCCGAGCCGCCGCCGGGGGAGGACUCGCCGCGGCCCGCGGGGGCCGGCGCGCAGGAGGCGGCGGGCGGCGAGGACGCAGCGGCGGAGGUUGAGACUGGGCUGGGGCCUGACGUGCGAGCCGAGCCCGCAGCCGACGGGGAGGAAGCGGCCGGCGCGGCUCUCGGGUCGUCUGCGGCGCCGCUCGAGGAGCCCCCCGCCCCCGUCCCGGCCGCGGGCGAGGCGCCGGGGGAGCAGGCCCAGGACGCGGCGGCCGAGGCCGGGUCCGAGGGGGCGGGCGGGGAGCAGGGCGGGGCGGCGGAGGACGCCGGCGCGGACGAGCCUUCCUUCAGCGACCCCGAGGACUUUGUGGACGACGUGAGCGAGGAAGAAUUACUGGGAGAUAUACUCAAAGAUCGGCCCCAGGAAGCAGAUGGCAUUGAUUCGGUGAUCGUGGUGGACAAUGUUCCUCAGGUGGGACCUGACCGUCUGGAAAAACUCAAAAAUGUCAUCCAUAAGAUCUUUUCCAAGUUUGGGAAAAUCACAAAUGAUUUCUAUCCAGAGGAGGAUGGAAAGACGAAAGGGUACAUAUUCCUGGAGUAUGCGUCUCCUGCCCAUGCCGUGGAUGCCGUGAAAAAUGCCGAUGGCUACAAGCUCGACAAGCAGCACACGUUCAGAGUCAACCUCUUCACUGACUUUGACAAGUAUAUGACGAUCAGUGAUGAGUGGGAUAUUCCAGAGAAACAACCUUUCAAAGACUUGGGAAAUUUACGUUAUUGGCUUGAAGAGGCAGAAUGCAGGGAUCAAUACAGUGUGAUUUUUGAGAGUGGAGAUCGUACUUCCAUAUUCUGGAAUGAUGUGAAGGAUCCUGUCUCCAUUGAAGAGCGAGCGAGGUGGACAGAGACAUAUGUGCGCUGGUCUCCAAAGGGCACCUACCUGGCAACCUUCCAUCAGCGAGGCAUUGCUCUCUGGGGGGGAGAGAAAUUCAAACAGAUUCAGAGGUUCAGCCACCAGGGGGUGCAGCUGAUUGAUUUCUCACCUUGUGAAAGGUACCUGGUGACUUUCAGCCCCCUGAUGGACACUCAGGAUGACCCUCAGGCCAUCAUCAUCUGGGACAUCCUUACUGGCCAGAAGAAGAGAGGGUUUCACUGUGAAAGCUCAGCCCACUGGCCUAUUUUUAAAUGGAGCCAUGAUGGUAAAUUCUUUGCCAGAAUGACAGUUGAUACUCUCAGUAUCUAUGAAACUCCUUCCAUGGGUCUUUUGGACAAGAAGAGCCUGAAGAUCUCUGGCAUAAAAGACUUUUCUUGGUCUCCUGGUGGUAACAUAAUAGCCUUUUGGGUGCCUGAAGACAAAGAUAUUCCCGCCAGGGUGACCCUGAUGCAGCUUCCUACCAGACAAGAGAUCAGAGUUAGGAAUCUGUUUAAUGUCGUGGAUUGCAAGCUACAUUGGCAGAAAAAUGGAGAUUACUUGUGUGUUAAAGUAGAUAGGACUCCAAAAGGCACCCAGGGUGUUGUCACAAAUUUUGAAAUUUUCCGAAUGAGGGAGAAACAGGUACCUGUUGAUGUGGUCGAAAUGAAAGAAACCAUCAUAGCCUUUGCCUGGGAGCCAAACGGGAGCAAGUUUGCUGUGCUGCACGGGGAGGCUCCUAGGAUAUCAGUUUCUUUCUACCAUGUGAAAAGCAACGGGAAGAUCGAGCUCAUCAAAAUGUUUGAUAAACAGCAGGCAAAUACGAUCUUCUGGAGUCCCCAAGGACAGUUUGUGGUGUUGGCUGGUCUGAGGAGUAUGAAUGGCGCCUUGGCAUUUGUUGACACUUCGGACUGUACGGUCAUGAACAUUGCAGAACACUAUAUGGCCUCCGACGUGGAGUGGGAUCCUACUGGGCGUUAUGUUGUCACCUCUGUGUCCUGGUGGAGCCAUAAGGUGGACAAUGCUUACUGGCUGUGGACUUUCCAAGGACGCCUUCUGCAGAAGAACAACAAGGAUCGCUUCUGCCAGCUGCUGUGGAGACCUCGGCCCCCAACACUCCUGAGCCAGGAGCAGAUUAAGCAAAUUAAAAAGGAUUUGAAGAAAUACUCCAAGAUCUUUGAACAGAAGGAUCGUUUGAGCCAAUCCAAAGCCUCCAAGGAAUUGGUGGAGAGAAGACGAACCAUGAUGGAAGAUUUCCGGAAAUACCGGAAAAUGGCCCAAGAACUCUAUAUGGAGCAGAAAAAUGAACGUCUCCAGUUGCGAGGAGGCGUGGACACGGACGAGCUGGACAGCAACGUGGAUGACUGGGAGGAGGAGACCAUUGAGUUUUUCGUCAGAGAAGAAAUUAUUCCUCUUGAAAAUCAGGAGUGAUCCGAGAGCACUGUGCGUCACCGUGUCUCGUGCUGGACCCGAGGUCAUCCUUUUGCAGACAGCCUGCACAAUUCCUGAAACUUCCCCUGUGCUUUCUCCUGCUCUGGACUGUGACUGCACCUGGAUUCUUCCACCUCCACACAUUGUUGUGCCUUUUAACCCCUGGUGUCUGCACUGGGGGAGGUUUUAAGGCACUGCUUUAAAUUUUUUCUUCUUUGGGUUUUUUUUAGUCACACCACCAGUGUUUGCUACUUAGGCUCUUUGAUGCAGUGCUCCAGCAGGUGCUUUUCCUCCUGCCGUGGGUGGUACUUCUGAGGUGCACCAUCCACAGCUGAGCGGUUUCCCUGCAAGGACCCUUACUGUCCCGUGUGUGAGGGGCAGUGUUGGUGUGUCCUGGACGCCAGCAGGGAAGCAGGGCACUGCUGUGUCCCCGAGUGCUCGGAGGGCAGUGCAGCAGGGGCUCCCCCGCCAUUCAGGGUGUGGCAGGUUCUCUCAACAGGCUGAACGUGGAAAUAAAAGCAAACCUGGAUGAAAAAGCUGUCUUUCUCCUCUUUAAACGUAGAUAGCGGCCUUGAAUUUGGUGCCUCUCCCCCUCCCUGCCGGCAGUAACGGCUGCUGCUGGGCUGGUUACGUCCAUCUGCCACGUGCAUACGUGGCGAGGAGGGAGACACCCACCCUCAUGGUCUUGUCUGCAUUUUCCUCUGAGCCCUGUAAAGUGACUCCUCAGUCAGUCCAGGAAACAGUGUCUUCAUGUUCUUGUCUACGCUCGUCAUUUCACCUGGUGAGAAAAAGGACCCUUUAGACUUCUGCGGGGAGUUAUACAAGUUUGCAGACUUACGUUGAGAGCUGUCAUGGUAGCCACUAUUAUACGGCUUUGAAUAUUUAACUUUUUUCCCCCUGCCGAAAAGGGAGUGAACAAAUCCAUGUAAUUUCAGCCCAUUUUUGUUUGCAGUGUCUUGCUACCCAUCAGUGCCUUGUGAAAUUGCAGGUUUUUCCACCUCUUUCUUUUUCUUUCCUGGAACCUGGAGCUUAGUUUAAAAAGCAGCGAAGCACGGAAAGGCACACUCGAAAGUCACCACUGUGACAUGUCCAAACCUCAGUGUUUUGGGAUUGGAGGAGGAUCUGUCAUCCGUGGGGCAGAAGACAGGUGGACGCCUGCAGCCUGGUCAGCUAGUGCUGAAGCGGUGCUUGUCCUGUGGGCUUCCAGCAACCGUGUUUGCAGGCUGCCUACCGCAGGCUCGUCCUCACUAAGGCCCCGGGUCCCCCGGGUGAGGCAGGCGCUCUGUGCUUCUCCUUUCUCGUGAGCCUUAAAAUUUCUCUGCGUCUGUGCUUUCUCCACAGUCCUUAAUUGUUGGGUCCUGCCGGUUAGCACAUCUGCAGGCCUUGUCAGUGCACAUUCUACAGUGAUUCUUGUUUGCUCUCGUCUGUAAGCUUGAGUGUGCCAAGACCUAGUUUUUCUAAUUUCAUGGCAGUAAGAAGAAAAAGGCACACGGUUAUAUCAUAUUAACAGAUUAUUAACAGAGCUUUCAAAAUUUUUUCACUGUUUUAAACUUGCUAGUUGUAAUCGUUUUACAUAACUUGUGAAUAAAAGAAUUUCUGAAACA